AUGUUUAGUUGGAAAAAGGGGGAAAACUGCCUCAAAAAGACUCCAGAUGUCUACAGUACCGUGGUCGAAGGUCUCAAGAAAAUAUACAAGUCCAAGAUACUGCCACUUGAAGAGCACUAUCUUUUUCACGACUUCCACUCUCCACCGCUCUGCGAUCCGGACUUUGAAUCCAAGCCGAUGAUUCUCCUGGUGGGACAGUACUCUACUGGAAAGACAACCUUCAUUCGGUAUGUACUAGAACGAGACUUUCCAGGCAUGCGAAUAGGGCCGGAGCCAACCACGGACGGGUUCAUCGCCGUGAUGUACAACGAUCACGAAGGUGUCGUACCAGGCAACGCUUUGGUCGUCGAUGCUAAGAAACAGUUUCGUCCUCUUGCAAAGUUCGGGAACGCUUUUUUGAACCGAUUCCAAUGUUCCUUGGUAAAUUCCGCCGUGCUGCAGACACUUACCAUCAUUGACACACCCGGCAUCUUAUCGGGAGAGAAGCAACGGGUAGACCGCGGCUACGACUUCACGGGUGUCCUAGAGUGGUUCGCCGAGCGCGUGGACAGAAUUGUACUUCUAUUCGACGCCCACAAGCUAGACAUCUCGGAUGAAUUUCGGCGAAGUAUAGAGGCCCUCCGCGGUCACGACGACAAAAUCCGCAUUGUGCUGAACAAAGCAGACAUGGUGGACCAGCAGCAGUUGAUGCGAGUCUACGGGGCACUCAUGUGGUCGCUGAGCAAAGUUCUGAACACUCCAGAGGUGGCACGCGUCUACAUCGGGUCUUUCUGGGACCACGCGUUGUACGACGACACCAACCGGAGGCUGUUCGAAGCCGAGGCACAGGACCUGUUCAAUGACAUACAGGGUCUACCCCGUAAUACGGCUCUGAGAAAGCUGAACGACCUCAUCAAAAGAGCGAGGCUCGCGAAAGUGCACGCGUACAUCGUCAGCACAUUACGCAAGGAAAUGCCAUCUGUGUUUGGUAAGGAGAGUAAGAAGAAAGAGCUUAUAAAGGACCUGGGCUCUCUCUUCGCAGAAAUCCAGCGCAAGCAUCAGAUAUCCCCUGGAGACUUUCCGAACCUCCGCGAGAUGCAGGAAAAGCUGGCGCUUCAUGACUUCACCAAGUUUCAUGGGCUCAAAGUACAGCUGUUGGAGUCUGUAAACCAAAUGAUGGCAGACGACAUUGCGCAGCUCGUUGCGAUGAUUCCGAAAGAGCAGACGGACCAGAGCGAAGACACCGUCGUGCGGGGUGGGGCCUUUGACGGCCACGAGCAUAACCCCUUUGGCUUCAGACGUGGUGAGGGCGUAGAUGCCGGUUCUCUACAAGAGGACUGGGUUGUCGAUAGAGAGCGAUUUAAGUAUGACGAACUCUUCAGUGUCAUGUCGCCCUUGGAUGGCAAGAUCUCGGGAGCGCUUGCUAGAGUAGAGAUGAUGAAGAGCAAGCUGCCGAACUCUGUCCUUGCUAAGAUCUGGACGCUCUCCGACAUUGAAAAAGACGGCAUGCUGGAUGCCGAUGAGUUUGCUCUGGCGAUGUAUCUGAUCAACAUCAAGUUGGCAGGUCACGAUUUGCCUACGGAACUACCACGACACUUGGUGCCACCGUCUAAGAGGUGUUUCACGGUGCCACAGUAA